AUGCCAUUCAUAGAAGCGGUUGCACAAAUGCGAAAACAUGGAAAAUUAUUCAAAGAGCUGCUAACCAAUAGGAAAAAGAUGGAAGAAGUAAAGAAGGUGGUCCUAAACGAAAACUGUUCAGCUGCUAUGUUGAACAAACUUCCUAAGAAGAAAGGUGAUCCGGGAAGCUUAACAUUGCCCUGCCAAUUUGGAAACUUAGUUACCAUUUAUGCAUUGGCUGAUUCAGGGGCAAGUGUAAAUCUCAUGCCUUACUCGUUUUUCAAAAAUUUAGAUCUUCCAGAGCCAAGGCCCAUUCGCAUGGCGAUUCACCUAGAAAACAAGACGGUUACAUUCCGUAGGGGAAUAUGUGAAGAUCUCUUGGUGAAAGUGGACAAGUUUGUGUUCCCCGCGAACUUUACAGUUUUAGACAUGGAAGCGGAUCCCCAAGUCCCGAUCAUACUCAGAAGACCUUUUCUUAAUACAGAAAGUGCUAUCGUCGACAUGCGAGAUUCUAAACUUACCCUUCGGGUAGGAGACGAAUCAGUCACUUUUGGAGUUGAUUAA